GAGGCGAUUUUGGUUGGAGGUUGGAGUUUACAUAUUUAACCUAAAUUUUUUCAAGCCAGGAUAACUGUGUGGUAGUCGUAUUUUAUUUAUUUAAACUAUAAGAACGUAUAAGAAAUUGAAAAGUUAAUAUUUAUUUACUACUUUAUCUGUAGGUACUUCUUUACUUAAUUUCAGAUCUAUUUUUAUAAUACAAGUUUCCAAGAUGCAUGAUAUUGUUCCUACAAAAGUUGUUGUUCAUCCUUUGGUGUUAUUGAGUGUAGUAGAUCAUUUCAACAGAAUGGGGAAGAUCGGAAACCAAAAAAGAGUUGUUGGAGUACUUCUAGGGUCUUGGCGCCCAAAGGGUGUACUUGAUGUAUCAAACAGCUUUGCUGUUCCAUUUGAUGAAGAUGAAAAAGACAAAAGCGUUUGGUUUUUGGAUCAUGAUUAUUUGGAGAACAUGUAUGGAAUGUUUAAGAAAGUCAAUGCCAGAGAGAAAGUGGUUGGUUGGUACCACACCGGCCCCAAGCUGCACCAGAGCGAUGUGGCUAUAAAUGAGCUGAUUCGCAGAUACUGUCCCAACUCCGUGUUGGUCAUUAUCGACGCCAAGCCCAAGGACCUGGGGCUGCCCACCGAGGCUUAUAGGGCUGUCGAGGAGGUUCAUGACGAUGGCUCCCCAACGUCAAAGACGUUCGAGCACGUCCCUAGUGAGAUUGGAGCGGAGGAAGCUGAAGAGGUGGGGGUGGAACAUCUGUUGAGAGACAUCAAGGACACGACUGUUGGAACUCUCUCUCAGCGACUCACCAAUCAGCUGUUGGGGCUGAAGGGGUUACAUGUACAACUGCAGGAUAUGAGGGACUACUUGGUGCAGGUAGUAGACGGAAAGUUACCCAUCAACCACCAGAUCGUCUAUCAGCUGCAGGACAUCUUCAACCAGCUGCCAGAUAUUGGUCACGGUAACUUUGUCGACUCUCUGUAUGUCAAAACCAACGACCAAAUGUUGGUCGUCUACCUCGCUGCCCUCAUCAGGUCCAUCAUAGCUCUGCACAACCUCAUCAACAACAAACUCAGCAACAGAGACGCUGAGAAGAAAGAGGGCAAGAAAGAGGAGAAACCUGCCAUCAAAGAAGAGGAGGUCAAGAAGGAGGUGAAGGCGAAAUAAUCUCAUACUUAAAUUUUACUAUAUAUGUUUCUGUACAAUAAAUUAUUUUCAUUUAUUCAUAA